AUGACGUUACAAGCCAGUAACCUGCUCAUCCCGAUCUCCAUCUGCAUCAUCACAUGGACGGCCUGUAUCGUCACAGGCAACCCUUCACCUUAUCCACAUCCAACGCUCGCACCAUCGAGACCAUCGACCUGUGGUGCUUAUGGACAGGGACCGUGUAGCUUCGUCCCGGCACCACCCGGUGUGACACCAAAGUGUGCUUCACCGGGUGCCACCUUCUGCGAGAUGACUCCCGACUAUCCUGCGUAUCUGAUUAAGCAGCUCGUGGAUGCCCUCGGUUACCAGGGAGUGAUUGCGAACGAGGAACAAAUCGACUUCAACGCCAACAAGCUACUGGAGGAAGAGGAACAUCUUCAUCAUCACUAUCAUCACUUUUACGCCUCGAUGCAGAAUGCACCGGAAGAGGAACCAUUGAAGGCACCGUCGAUCGGUAAACCUUUCAGCUACAAUGCUCCAAAUCGACUCCAGAAGCAGCAGCAACAUUCGAUGCCUGUUCCGCAACCGAUUUACAUCCCAAAGCCCCAGUAUUCGUAUCGCUACAACAGUUACGCGAAGCCACCGGGACUACCACCGGGUCAUUCAAAGUAUUCUAGUGGUCCAGUGGCCAGUCCUGGUGGGGGAUACUUUUAUCCAACACCACCACUAGCUCCGCCAGCACCGGUGACAGCGUACAGUCCGGCCGAUUGGCUUAAACGCUUCGCACGCGAUCUCUCCGAUCAGCACCGGCGUGAAGUUCGGAUGGCAUCCCUUCGGCGGAUCGAUGAAAGUCUGAGUCCUUACGAGACGGAACCGACUCCGUUCCAUUUGAGAAAUGAAACAGCGAGCGAACGUUCGAGGAGACAGACAGGACAGCAACGGGAGUCACUUUGUAGUGUUCGCGAACGAUACAUCACACCACAGACGGCACUCAACACGAAAGGCAACUGGAUGUUUGUGGUGAACCAGGACACGUCGCGCCAGCUGGUGAAGACGGAAAUCUGCGAGUCAACGGAGUGUUCCAACCUGUGCAGCCUACCGAUCACGUACCGGUCCCGGUGUGAGCAGCGCUACGCCCAGAAGCGUCUCGUGACGCUCGAUCCCAGCGGACGGACACUGUACGUCGAUACCUACUGGUUCCCGAGUUGCUGCGUUUGUUCCCUUUAUUCGACAGUCUGA